AAAAUAAAAAAAAAAGUCAAUGUUAGUGUCACUGGGUCAACACGCCUGAAUGUGUUGCAGUCAUAGAUUACUAUGCGAAUACGUACAUUUCAUCUCCUUAAUCAUCAUUAUCAUACUCAUAUAUGAAACCAAACCCCCAAUCCAUUGAAAAUUGUCAUCAGGGGAAAAUUACAAACAGAAAACAUUUUCCCAAGUUUUUGUUUUUCUCAAAAAUUGUUUAACUAUUAUAAAAAUCUCACCUUUGCCCUACAUGGGCUGAUGCUCUUAGCUAUAGAAAUUUUAUACAACUAUGUCUAUGAGCAAGUCUAAGAAUAUUCUUCAAAAUCUUAUGAAACCCUUCAGAUUCAAUUCAAACAAAGAGGUAUCUGGUGAACAAGAGAUUGAACAGAUUGCUGCACAGGAACAAAAGGUUUUUGCUUUUGAAACUUUGGUUGCUGCUACCAAGAAUUUUCACCCAACUCAUAAGCUUGGUGAAGGUGGUUUUGGACCCGUUUAUAAGGGAAAAUUGAAUGAUGGUAGAGAUAUUGCAGUGAAGAGGUUGUCUCAUAGCUCAAAUCAAGGGAGAAAAGAGUUCACAAACGAAGCGAAGCUGCUCGCCCGUGUGCAACACCGCAACGUUGUGAAUUUGUUGGGAUAUUGUACACACGGCGAAGAGAAGCUACUUGUUUACGAGUAUGUUUCGAAUGAGAGCCUUGACAAGCUUCUGUUCAAGUCCAAAAAAAGAGAUGAUCUUGACUGGAAAAGGCGGUAUGAAAUCAUAUGUGGGGUUGCAAGGGGAUUGCUCUACCUUCAUGAAGACUCUCACAAUUGCAUUAUUCACCGAGAUAUCAAAGCUAGCAAUAUUCUACUUGACGAGAAGUGGAUCCCGAAAAUUGCUGAUUUUGGUAUGGCCCGUCUCUUCCCCGAAGAUCAAACACAUGUCAACACUAGGGUAGCUGGCACCAAUGGUUAUAUGGCGCCCGAGUACGUUAUGCAUGGACAUUUAUCGGUAAAGGCAGAUGUGUUUAGCUUUGGAGUUUUAGUUUUGGAACUCAUCACAGGCCAGAGAAACUCAUCCUUUGAUCUAAACGUUGAUGCUCAGAAUCUACUUGAUUGGGCAUACAAAAAUUACAAAAGAGGCAAGUGUUUUGAGAUACUAGACCCUAUGCUGGCUCCAACUGCAGUGGAAGAACAAGUUGCUAUGUGUAUUCAAUUGGGCUUAUUAUGUACACAAGGAGAACCAAGUCUACGGCCCACCAUGCAUCGAGUGGUGGUGAUUCUCUCCAAAAAGCCCAGUAAUUUAGAAGAGCCCACUAGGCCCGGAAUGCCUGGGAACAGAUACAGAAGGCCCAGAAGGCCUGUAGGCCAGGCCCAUACUUCUUCAACUACUACUGCUGGCUCAUCUGGUGACUCAAAUACGGUCACUUCAGGUACAAAUACGAAUACAAAUACUAAUACGAAUACGAACACGACCGGGUUUUAUACGACUACCAAUAGUGCUUCUGGUACAUCUUCAGAGCCCCAUCAUAGAUUGGACACUAGGGGAAAACGUCCUAUGGUCUAGUUGGUUAGUUAGUACCCUCUAGGGAAAUUUUGCAUUGGUUUUUUCUUUUAUUUAUUAUUUAUUUUAUAAUGUAUGAUAUAUAUGUGUAUGUAAAUGAGAAAUGUUAUAGGGUAAUGUUGUUAUUGAUGCAAUUUAAUAUUGAGUUUUUUUCAUUAAAUUAUAGAAAAUUGUUAACCAGGAUGUUAUAUUAUAGUUGUGCUAGGCUCGUAUGUAAAUAGCUAAGAAACAAGGUUUGAAUUUCCUCAAUAUUAGUUGCACUUGUAAUUUUGUGGCUUAUAAUGUAGUUAAGUGAAUUUUUAUCCACAAUUGAUAUGGUUGUUGGAAUGUUGAAGUUUUA